UCUGUUCAGUGGGGUUUGCGGGACGGGCGAUCGGUUCUCCUCCUUUCUCCGGCUGCUUUUUUUUUGUGUGUGUGUGUGCUUGUGUGUGUGCGUGUCCCCCCCCCAUUCGCCCUCCUCCCCCUCUUGCGCGCGUGUAAUUUUUUUUCUUUUUUUGUUGGUGUUGUCGUGGUCAUCGUCUUUGGGUGUCGUCUAUGUGCGUGUCGCGGGGGGUGGGGAGGGGGGCUCGCCCGGGUUAUUGUGUGGCCUUGAUCGAGAGGUGGCAAGUGAUCUGCAAAGAAAGAGAGGCGGAGAAGGCGGGCAGAAAGGGACCAGAAUAACCAUCGCUAGUUCUACAAUAUAUAUAUAUUUAAAAAAAAAAAAACCAAGAAGAAAGCAAAGAGAGGGGGGGAAGAGGGGAGAAUAAUAAAAGGAGGCUGGGCUGCUUUGCAUUGAAGAUUGGGGCGCUAUUGAAAAGCUUUUGAAAAGUGGUGGUGUCUUCCCACCCGCGCGUACUUCGAGUCGGGGAGUAUAUUAGAGCCGGACAGCGGCUGCCACAGCAGCGGCACCUUGGGAGCGUCUCUGAGCGAAGGGGACUCUGCAGGAAAGAGGCAUGCUUUUAUCAAAGAAACGACCGCAGCUCACGGAGUUUUCCCUAAGUCUUUUUCUUGCGCUAUUAUGCUUCCGAGUAAAGGUGACUCUAACAUCGGGCCAGUUCGAGUUUGAGAUCAUAUCCAUGCAAAACAUAAACGGCGAAUUGCAAAAUGGAAAUUGUUGUGAUGGGACCCGAAACCCAAUUGAUAAAAAAUGCACCAGAGAUGAAUGUGAUACCUAUUUCAAAGUUUGCCUGAAGGAGUAUCAGUCCCGCGUUUCUGCUGAGGGCGCUUGCAGCUUUGGAUUGGGAUCUACUCCCGUCAUCGGUGGGAAUACCUUUAAUUUAAGAUACAGCCGGAAUAAUGAAAGGAACCGGAUUGUCCUCCCUUUCAGUUUUGCCUGGCCGAGAUCCUACACGUUACUGGUUGAAGCCUGGGAUUACAGCAAUGACAGUGCUAGUGCAGAUAGCAUUAUCGAAAAGGCAUCACAUUCCGGGAUGAUCAAUCCAAGCCGUCAGUGGCAAACCUUGAAGCAAAAUUCUGGAGUAGCUCAUUUUGAAUACCAGAUCCGAGUCACCUGUGAUGAACACUACUAUGGUUUUGGAUGCAACAAACUUUGUCGACCAAGAGAUGACUUCUUUGGACACUAUACUUGUGAUCAGAAUGGCAAUAAAACCUGCUUGGAAGGCUGGAUGGGACCGGACUGCAACAAAGCAAUCUGUCGUCAGGGUUGCAACCCCAGACAUGGUUCUUGUAAAAUACCCGGCGAAUGCAGGUGUCAAUAUGGAUGGCAAGGCCAGUACUGCGAUAAAUGCAUUCCACACCCGGGCUGUGUCCAUGGUACUUGCAACGAACCGUGGCAGUGUCUCUGUGAAACCAACUGGGGUGGCCAAUUCUGCAAUAAAGAUCUCAACUACUGUGGAACUCACCCGCCUUGUUUGAACGGAGGGACCUGUAGCAACACGGGCCCUGACAAAUACCAGUGUUCCUGCCCUGAAGGCUAUUCGGGACAAAACUGUGAAAUUGCGGAACACGCCUGUCUUUCGGAUCCUUGCCACAACGGAGGAAGCUGCCUUGAGACCCCUACUGGAUUUGAAUGUGUCUGUGCACUAGGCUGGGCAGCACCAACCUGCAUGCUUAAUAUUGAUGACUGUUCUCCAAACCCCUGUGGGCAUGGAGGGACUUGCCAGGAUCUAGUUGAUGGAUUUAAAUGUGUUUGCCCACCUCAGUGGACUGGUAAAACUUGUCAAAUAGAUGCCAAUGAAUGCGAGGGCAAACCUUGUAUCAAUGCCAAUUCCUGCAGGAACCUGAUUGGUAGUUAUUACUGCAAUUGCAUUGCUGGCUGGACUGGCCAGAAUUGUGAGACAAAUAUUGACGACUGUGUGGGACAGUGUCAGAAUGGAGGGACUUGUAAGGAUUUAGUGAACGGUUAUCGCUGCCUCUGUCCACCUGGCUAUACCGGGGAUCACUGCGAGAGAGACAUCAAUGAAUGCGCAAGCAACCCUUGUUUGAAUGGGGGCCACUGCCAAGAUGAAAUCAAUGGCUUCCAAUGUCUCUGCCUGGCUGGCUUCUCGGGAAACAUCUGUCAGUUGGACGUAGAUUAUUGCGAGCCCAACCCUUGCCAGAAUGGGGCCCAGUGCUUCAAUUACGAGAGCGAUUAUUUCUGCAGCAACUGUCCGGAUGAUUACGAGGGCAAGAACUGUUCCCACCUAAAAGAUCACUGCCGCUCGACUCCUUGUGAAGUGAUUGACAGCUGUACUGUUGCUGUCGCUUCCAACAGCACCCCAGAAGGGGUUCGCUAUAUCUCUUCCAAUGUCUGUGGCCCCCACGGCAAGUGCAAGAGCCAAGCGGGCGGCAAGUUUACUUGCGAAUGCAACAAAGGCUUCACUGGCACCUACUGUCAUGAAAACAUCAACGACUGUCAGAGCAACCCAUGCAAAAAUGGGGGCACCUGCAUCGAUGGCAUCAACUCCUACAAGUGCAUUUGUAGUGACGGCUGGGAAGGCAACUUCUGCGAAGCAAAUAUCAAUGAUUGCAAUAAAAGCCCUUGCCACAAUGGAGGGACGUGCCGAGACUUGGUCAAUGACUUUUUCUGUGAAUGCAAAAAUGGCUGGAAAGGCAAAACUUGCCACUCACGUGACAGUCAGUGUGACGAAGCCACGUGCAACAAUGGAGGGACGUGUUACGACGAGGGAGAUGUCUUCAAGUGCAUGUGCCCUGCGGGAUGGGAUGGAGCCACUUGCAAUAUAGCACGGAACAGCAGUUGCCUGCCAAGCCCCUGCCAUAAUGGGGGAACGUGUGUUGUAAGUGGAGACUCUUUCACCUGUGUCUGCAAAGAAGGCUGGGAAGGACCUACGUGCACGCAGAAUACAAAUGACUGCAGUCCACAUCCUUGCUACAAUAAUGGAAUCUGUGUGGAUGGAGAAAAUUGGUACCGCUGUGAAUGUGCUCCAGGUUUCGCAGGUCCUGACUGCAGAAUAAAUAUCAAUGAGUGUCAGUCUUCACCUUGUGCUUUUGGAGCUACAUGUAUAGAUGAAAUCAAUGGAUAUCGCUGUAUUUGUCCACCUGGCCGUAGUGGUCCCAGAUGUCAAGAAGUUUCAGGAAGACCCUGCGUUGCCAGCGGGCAUAUUAUUCCAGAUGGUUCAAAGUGGGAUGACGAAUGCAACAGCUGUCAGUGUGUGAAUGGAAAAGUCUCCUGUUCUAAGGUCUGGUGCGGCCCAAAGCCUUGUGUGAUAAAUGCCAAGGGCCAUAGUGAGUGUCCCGCAGGCCACACCUGUCAUCCUGUUAAAGCCGAUCACUGCUUUGUCCCACCCUGUGACAACGUGGGCGAAUGCUGGCCAUCGAAUCAACAGCCAGUGAAAAUGACCUGCAGUUCUGAUUCUUAUUAUCAGGAACAUUGUGCUAACAUUACCUUCACUUUCAACAAAGAGAUGAUGACUCCGGGUCUGACAACCGAGCAUAUCUGCAGCGAGCUGCGGAAUCUGAAUAUCUUGAGGAAUGUCUCCAUUGAAUAUGCUCUCUAUAUCACCUGUGAGCCAUCGCAUUUGGCGAGCAAUGAAAUUCACGUGGCAAUUUCUGCUGAAGAUAUCCAGGAGGAAAAUAAUCCAGUAAAGGAAAUAACUGAUAAAAUUAUCGAUCUGGUCAGCAAACGUGAUGGGAAUAGCACACUUAUUGCAGCUGUUGCAGAAGUCCGAGUCCAGAGGCGGCCAAUUAAGAACAAAACAGAUUUCUUGGUUCCAUUACUCAGCUCCAUCUUAACUGUGGCUUGGAUCUGUUGCCUGGUCACUGCCUUUUACUGGUGCAUCAGGAAGCGGCGAAAGCAGAGCACUCAUACACACACCGCCUCGGAAGACAAUACCACCAACAACGUGCGGGAGCAACUGAACCAGAUCAAGAACCCCAUAGAGAAACAUGGGGCCAACGCUGUGCCGAUCAAAGACUAUGAGAACAAGAACUCCAAAAUUGCCAAAAUAAGGACACACAAUUCAGAGGUGGAAGAAGAUGACAUGGACAAGCACCAGCAGAAAACCCGAUUUGCCAAACAGGCAACCUACACGUUAGUAGACAGAGAUGAAAAGCCACCCAACGGCACCCCUACAAAACACCCAAAUUGGACAAACAAACAAGACAACCGGGACUUGGAAAGCGCACAAAGUCUAAAUCGAAUGGAAUAUAUUGUAUAGCAGACAGCAGGUGCUGCCGUGCAGGGCCUUUACCUAUCAAUCUAAGGCAACUCGGAGCUUGUAGUUCUUAAAACGGUUGUGUAAUAUUUUGAGUCUAAGGCUAUUAUUUGCUUAAUAUCCCUGUGUUAAUUUAAAGUUUUGACAAGCUGGCUUACACUGGCAGUGAUAGUUGCUGUGGUUGGCUGGAUUACCAAGUGCUGCAUUUCACAUCUAUGCAAAACUAGUCAAAAAGUGCCCCCUCUGUCAAUUCCAGCCGACGCAUCCCAGAAAGGAAUCGCUAGGAUUUUAUUUUUCUUUUUUUCUUUUUCCUGGAGCGGGAAAGAAAUAGA